CGGCGGCCAGGGAAACACCGGACCAUGAGCGUCCAGAAGCGGGAACCACAGAGGUGGCGGGGCUGAGCCCCGCUGAGACCUCUGGGCCGGCCAUGGGCGACCGUGAGCGCAACAAGAAGCGGUUGCUGGAGCUGCUGCAGGCUGCGGGCACCGGCAACGGGCACUGCGCCGACUGCGGGGCAGCCGAUCCUGAUUGGGCCUCUUACAAGCUGGGGGUUUUCAUCUGUCUCCACUGCUCUGGCGUCCAUCGCAACUUCCCAGACAUCAGCAAAGUUAAAUCCGUGAGACUGGACUUCUGGGACGACAGUAUGGUGGAGUUCAUGACUCACAAUGGGAACCUCAGUGUGAAAGCCAAGUUUGAAGCUAGAGUCCCAACUUUCUACUACGUCCCUCAGGCCAGCGACUGCCUGGUCUUAAAGGAGCAAUGGAUUCGAGCUAAGUAUGAAAGACAGGAGUUUAUGGCUGAGAAAGCUGUCUCGCCCCCAGGUGAUCGAGAAGGCUUCCUGUGGAAGCGAGGAAGGGACAACUCCCAGUUCCUGAGGAGAAGGUUUGUCCUUCUGUCGAGGGAAGGCCUGCUGAAGUACUACACCAAGGAAGAGGGUAAAACCCCAAAGGCUAUCAUCAACAUCAAGGACUUAAAUGCCACCUUCCAGACAGAGAAGAUUGGACAUCCCCACGGGCUGCAGAUUACCUACAGGAAGGAGGGCCAAACCAGAAAUCUGUUUGUAUAUCAUGACAGUGGAAAGGAGAUAGUGGAUUGGUUCAACGCUCUCCGUGCAGCCCGCCUGCAAUACCUAAAAUUGGCCUUUCCUGAUCUCCCAGAGUCUGAGCUCGUGCCUCUCAUCACCAGGAACUACCUCAAACAAGGCUUCAUGGAGAAGACUGGUCCAAAGCAUAGAGAACCCUUCAAGAAAAGGUGGUUUGCCUUGGAUCCUCAGGAGCGGAGGCUGCUGUAUUAUAAGAACCCCCUGGACGCUUUUGAGCAGGGCCAGGUUUUUCUGGGAAGCAAUGAGCAGGGAUACGAAGUAUGGGAAGACCUGCCCAAGGGCAUCCGAGGGAACCGCUGGAAGGUCGGACUCACGGUCAUCACUCCGGAGCGGAAAUUCAUCUUCACCUGCCCCACUGAAAAGGAGCAGCGGGAAUGGCUGGAGAGUCUGCGGGGUGUCCUGUCCAGUCCCUUGUCGCCCCUCCACCUCCUCACCACAUCAGCAAAGAGUGGCUGAGGCCUGAGGUGACCCAUCUCGGAGGAUCUGGCUGGCCACUGAGCACCUGAAGUCCUGGAGAAGUGUUCACCUCAGCCCUGGUCGUCCAGAAGGAAGUCCUGAGGCCAGCAGCUGCCCUUGCCUGUGAACUCUGCGAAGACUCAGACGGUGUGGUUUAUCCUACGACUCCCUGGGCUCCUUCCAGAACAUUUCCCAGUCUUGAGGAGUUGGGACUGAGAAGAAUUCAGCUCUCCAAGCUUAGAUGUCCUCAUAACUGCACCGAAAGCCAGCCAUGGUGAUGCCUGCAAGUCGAGAGGCAGGAAUGCCAUGAGCCCGGUGCCAACGUGAACCACCCAGGGAGUUCAAGUCCAGCCUGAAUUGCAUAGCAAGACCUUGUCUCAAACAACAAACAAACAAACAAACAAACAAACAAAAAACGAAACAGAAGAAACAGCAGUCAGGAGGCAGAGACUGACAGAUCCAAGACAGUCACAGCCAAGGCUGGUUGCACUGAAAAACACUGUCUAGAAAAACUAAAAACAAAAAACAGAAACAAAAGCAAGUAAGCAAACAACAAACCAAAACUACAGAUAGGGGUGGACACUGCAAUAAAAGUGCCCGCAGCAUCCAGAUUGUACAAACGGAAAAACGUUAAAGUUUAGUCUAAACUUAACUAUGAAGAAAUAGUCAGACAUUUAUUUAUUACUUACAUGUUGCUAUGCAACUAGCUUGGGGCUAUUCAAAUGACACGAUUAUAAAAGAUGAAAUUGGCCAAGCAUGGUGAUACAUGCCUUUAGACCCAUGCACUCAGCAGGCAGAGGCAGGAAGAUCUCUUUGAGGUCAAGGCCAGCCUGGUCUACAUAGUGAGUUCCAGGACAACCAGAGCCACAUAAAGAAUUUGUUUAAAUAAACUGAGGGGAGGGGGUGGCACAGACAGACAGACCAAAGCCAGGGUGGUACCUAUAAUUUUAGCAUUAGGGAAGUAGAGGCAGGAAGAUCAGAGGCUCUGCUAUUAUACAUAGAGAGUGAAAAGCUAACCUGGGCUACAUGUAACCCUCAUUCAAAAAAGAAGAAGAAGAAGAAAAAAAAACCUGUACCAAGUCAUGGCAACAAAUGAAGUUUGGGAUUCUUGACUGGAACCUGGACUUAAAAAGAGAAACCUUAGUGUUAGGUGGCAUUGAUGGUACAUGCCUUUAAACCUAGUACUUGGGAAGUAGAGGCAGGCUAAUCUUUGUGAGUUCAAGGCCAGCCUGGUGUACCAAGUGAGUUCCAAGAUAGCCAGGGUUACAUGGAGAUUCUGUUUCAAAAAAAAAAAAAAAAAAAUUGGGAGA